UUUCACGUCUACGUCAUCAGCGCGCGACAAAGCGACUCGACACGUGAGGAGAAGAAUACAGCUGGUUAUUUUACUUACUUAGCUCCUGGGUCGCCAGUGUAGUUGCUAGUUUACUGAUCUCCAUGGACAGAGAUGACAGUUUUGAAUAACUUGAUGUGCUUCUGUUUUUCUAAAAAUAUGCAUCAUGGAAAUGAAUAAAAAUGUGGAAAUAAUUGAGAAACAGAAGUCUAGCUUUGAAGACAGGGAUCUAAAUGAUGAGUCUCUGGCGGGCAUGAUGGACUUUCUCAGCAUUGAUGUGGACCUGAGCUCCAGUGCGUCAAACAGAGAGGGAACAUUAUACUCUAAAAAUGUAAUGCGAAAGCAGCGGAACUGGGAGAGGAGACUGGAGGCAAAAAAGAGCAAGAGGAAAGAGGAAAAACAGAGAAGGAAACAGAACCAGCAAGAUAAAGCAGAUGUUUUGUCUCAGCUCAGUAAACGCGUGAUCAAGGCUAUCACAAGGGAGCGUCUAGAGGAGGCUAGAGCCGCUGGACCCAGACUGUGUGUAGAUCUCAGCAUGAGCGACUGCAUGUCACACAAAGAAAUCAGUCGUCUCGCCGGUCAAAUCAGACGCCUCUAUGGGUCCAAUAAGAAAGCCACGCAGCCAUUUCACAUCUUCCUCACAGACAUGAAAGAAGACAGUCUGCUUUAUAAAGAGUGCAUCAGAAUGAAUGAAGGCUUCCUGAACUACUUGAUUGAUGUCACUGAGGAGAGCUGGAUAGAUCUUUUUCCUACUGAGGACAUCAUUUAUUUAACUCCAGAUGCGAGUGAAGCUUUAGAGGAAGUAAAUGGAGAUAAGGUCUUUAUUCUUGGAGGCUUGGUCGAUGAAAGCAUUCAAAAGAAACGGAGCUACACUAGGGCAAAAGAGCUCAGGGUGCAGAUCGCAAGGUUGCCCAUUGAUGAGUACAUGGUGAAAAGACCAAACCCCAAGAACUUUCACUCAAAAAUCCUAGCCAUCAACCAAGUAUUCGAAAUCCUGCUGACUUUUCGUGAUACUGGAAGCUGGAGCAAAGCCCUCAGUGCUGGAGUUCCCACAGGAAAAGGAUAUGUUGUGUCUUCAGAAGCAGAGGCAGAUUUAACAUGCUGACCAAUAAUUUGUAUAACACGACACCCUCAGGAGGACAGUUUAGGCAAAAAUCUCACAGGCCUCUGUAAGAGAAUUGAGAAAUGAUUCUGCACUGAACUUUAAUGUGAAUUUAAAUCAUUAAUAAUGCUCAGAAUCGACCGAGUUUUACAGAACUGACCAGAUUAAGAUAUUAACACAGUUCUUCUGUGAACACUACUGUUGUCACUAAGCAUGUCUUUGUUCAGUUUUCAUAUUACUGCUUUAAACAUUUAGUGCUUUAAACAUCAUUUAGUUUAGUGUGGGUGAUGGAAUAAACCUAGCCAAUUACUCAUUAAACCUGUUAGUUUGUAAGUAGAACUGCAGCAACUCUCCAGAAUGUCAUCAAUUUUUUUUAAUCAUUAUUUAAUUCAUAGGGUUUAUUUUAUUCAACUGUUGAUUUCAUGGUAAAUAUAUUUUCCAUAUCAAUAUGUUGAUUAUUUUUUCUUGCACUGAUUUUUUUUUAAUCAUAUUUAUUUCUAUGUAGUCAGUUAACAAAUUGCUGUUCCUAUUCAUGACCACUAGGUGGCGCACUUAUAUAACUGCGUGACUCAGCAGUUGCUUCCUAGUUAUUUUGUAUUACAACAAGGAGCAAGGAGAAAUUAACUGAAUAAAAUGAAUCUUCAUUAAGAUUUAGUUAUUUUUUUAGAUUUGACCAAGAUUACAAAGCAUCACUUUUUUGAGUUAUAUAAGUGUAUGUUAAAAAUAACAUAUAUCCAAUUUAUGACUUUUCACAAACAGUAAUUUAUUUGAUAAAUGUUUAGAUCAAUAAACUUCUUGAAUGGAAGGCACAGUGGAACUGGGUGAAAUGAGGAUAAAUAAUAUCUAGAGAUUUUAUUUUUCUGUAUAAAUUGGGAUUUCCUGAAAGCAAAUGGCUUGACACUCUUAAAACAUGUGGCCUGAAUUUUAUUCGUAGUCAUUUUUACUUAAGCUGGAAAAAUAUAGCAGCCCUGAAAGCCCCAAUUACAGAAUGUUGAGAGGGAAAUCACUGAAAAAAACCAACAAACAAAAAAAAAAAAAACGUCAUCAAUAUGAUACCAUAUCAAUAUAUAGUUUCAUCCAUGGAUUGUUUUCAGGGAUCCUGCAGCUAGCAGCGCCAUCUAGCGCCUGUAUGCGGAAUUGUUAACAUCUCAUCUGUUUAACCAACAAACCUAGCAGACUUGAGAAUUCAACAAACUUAUCAGACUUGAGAAUUCAGUCGCUGUUACGUAUAACGCAUAUUAAUAUAUCUUAUUCGUUAUUCAAUGACUGGUACAGCUUAAAACACCAUGGUAUGUAUAUAUAACUCUUAUUAUUUUUCUUUUAGCGUCUUUGUUUAUUGAUAAUGGGUUAAAUGAGCGAGAUUUUCUUGCGAGAGUUUUUGCUAAAGGAACCAUGUGCUAUGAGGUCUCUGAAUUACUCCCUAGCAUUAAUUAUCCUAUCAGACUCACAGUGAAGCAGCAAAAGGUUACACAGGCAUAUAUUAAU